AUGAGUAAAAUGUCUAGCCGGAAUGAUUGCGAUCUGAAAUUACUCAUGCAACUCGAUAAUUCAGCGGUAUACAAAUUUUAUAUAAUACCUAUUGAUAUACUAUAUUAAUUGCUUUUAUCUAAUUGAUUUAAAACUUUUUUUCAGCUAAUAUACUAUAUUAAGUUAUAUCAAUUAAUAUGAUUUUUGUGUCUUAAUAAUUAUUAUUAUUAUUAUUUUUUAGACAAAACCAGUGGCAUUCACCAUUCGUACAAACGUUGCAUAUGACGCUGAAAUUGAUGAUGAUGGUCCGUUAAAAGGUUACACAAUCACAUUUAAAACUCAAGAAUUUUUGCAUAUUGUGGUAUGUUUGUGUAUUAUUUUCUAGAAUACUCAAAAUAAUUAAAGAAUAUUAAAAUAGUUAUUAGAAAAAAUUUAUUAUACAUUAAAACAAUGCCAAAUGGUAUUCCUUUGCCCCUAAUUGCUGUUAAAUUAAUUGUUAUAAGCUGUAAACCCGACUGUAAAUAAAUUGGGGUUGAAUCUGGCUCUUGGGGUCAAAAAAUAAAAAAUAAUAAAGUGGAUACCUAUAGGUUCACUAUUGAUUAUAAAAUUAUAAUAAUUAUCAUAAUUAUAAUUGUAAUAAUUUACUCCCGCCGAUGGGGUAAGUGUACAAUAUAACAGUAUACAUAAUAUUAUUUACUUAUAAACAGAUAAAUUAAAUACUAAGCUACAUUAAGGGUACAUUGUUUUAAUUUAAAGGAACUAUCGAUAAAAAAAUUAAAAUUUUUUAAACCUUUACAAGAGUUCAAGGUCCCAUAUAAGAGGCUACAUAAAACAAAAUUUUUAGUGUGAAGUUUACUAUAGAAACAACGAAAAUUACAAGUAUUUACUUGUAUGUUAAAGUACAUUAUUUUUUCCAAAAAACCAGGAAUCUAUGGAAUUGUUCAAUAGUACAUAAAUAAACAAAUAUAUCAAUAAAAUGUCAUCUAGAUUGCAAAGAAUUCAUGUUACACUGACGUUCAAGUUCAGAAGAAACCAGUCAAAUUAAUUUUAUGUGCUAUCAUGCAAAAGAAACGCCGUUGCACUUUUUAAAUUUUAUCCGUAAGACUAAGUUGCAUAGGGCUCCAGAUAACUGAUACCCAAUUUUCGGGUAUGUUGUAAGUGAUUUUGAUAGCAGUAUCUGGUUUUUAAUUUGCAUUAGUCCCUAAGGUUAGAAAAAGUAUCAUAUCACAAGCACUACCAGAUAUUUAAAAAGCUUUGUGGGCAAUAUUCUUUGAUUAUAUAAGUUUACGUAAUUUCACACUGAACCAAUUUGGAUAGUGAGGCUUUCUAAAUAACGCUAGGGUAUAUGACGUCAAUGAUACCAUCAUCAUUUUUACUUUUAAGUUGAAAUAUUUACAAUAUUUCAAAUUAAAAUAUUACCUAUACAGUUAUAAGGUAUUUGUUAACCAUAUAAUUAUAGAUAUUAAUUUGUCUCUGUAAUGUGAAAGUGCAAGUUCAGAUAAGCUAUUGAGGUAUAUUAAGGAUCGUUCUUAUAAUGCUCUGUAGGGGUUCUAGAAGGUUCAACAGCGCUAAUCAGCAGUUAUUUUUUGUGAAAAUCGGUAAAAUUGUAUUGGUCAACUGAUGAUUAGCACUAAUAACUGCUUUAUACAAUACUUAUAAGUAUAUUAUCCUGAGUAUACUUUAAACAUAUAUAAAUAAUUAAUUAACAAAGUAACUUAAAAACUUAAUGUAUACAAGUUUAAGAAUAUUUUUUAUGUUCAGAACCAUUUAAACCCUAAUCAUCUUUGUCACUUUCCAUGUUUUCAGGAUAAGUAUGAUCAAAACUGGUGGAUAGGUCGUCUGGUAAAAGAAGGUUCUACUUUGGGUUUCGUACCAUCACCUACAUAUAUAGAAGUUAUGCGUCAGACAGAUCAAUCAUAUACGUCAAAAAGUACUUCCAAGAAUUCACCAUCGCAUUCGUUAGGUGGUGAUAAAUUAUAGUAUAUUAUCUAUCAGCGACUUGGUUUAAAUUAUGUCAAUUUUAUUUGCAUGUGGUUAUUUUGUGAGUACUAAGAAAAUGGUGUUUUUAAGUUAAUUAUUAUAAGUUCCAUUAUAUUUAGUGUGUAUUGACUUGGUAGCAUGGGUAUUAUCAUUUUUGUAGUUUAAAGAUUAUUGUUAUUGACGUAUUUUAGUUUUUAUCUAUUUGAUUUUAGUUUGUUUAAUUUUUUUCCAACUAGUUUUUUAUGCAGUAUUUUAAAAUUUCAAAUACUUAAAAUGUACACAAUACUUUUAUAAUUCUAUAUACUAAUGGUAGUGAAAAUAAAUGUUGUAGGAUUAUUUGAAUCAUACUUUCAGUACUUAACUUCAAAGUUGUGAAUGUUUAUUGAAAUAUUUAGUCGAAUACAAUUUUUUUUUUUUAAAUUAAAAUCCUCAAACAUUUUUCAUUUUCGAAAUUGAAUGCUAAGAAUGAGCUUAAUAAGAUGAUACAACUAGAAAUAGAAUAUAAAAUGUUUUUAAUUUGGUUACCUUAUUUGAAGCUUAGUAGUUUUAGUUGAUAUUAUAUAAUAUUUGAUAACAUUAAUUUUAAUGUUUAUUUUAUAAUAUUUUUAAUUAUUAUAGCAAAAGAUUGCCCUGCUGAAGGUGGCCGCAUCUCAGCACUAACCAUUCCCGUGGUAAAAGACAAACGAAACAUUUUUUUUAAAAAACAAAACACUGUGAUACCACCUUAUGAUAUUGUACCUUCAAUGAGACCAAUUGUGAUUAUUGGACCAUCUUUAAAAGGUUAUGAGGUCACUGAUAUGAUGCAAAAAGCAAUAUUCGAUUUUCUGAAACGUCGAUUUGAAGGAAGGUUAAUAUUAUAAAAAAUCAAUAAAAUAAAAAUAAAUGAUAGAAAAUAAAAGACAAAUUUUACUAUUGCAUAGGAUUCUAUAAUGUGAUACUGAAAUUAACAAAUAUCAUUGUUCCUUAAUAUUUUUCAGAAUUAUUAUUACUCGUGUAAUGGCAGAUAUAUCAUUGGCUAAAAAGAAUCUUUUUAAUGAUCCUUCAAAAAAAACUGUAAUUGAUUUCAAACCAGGUUCAAAAUCACGAUCAAAUAUAUUAGCUACUGCUCAACAAGAAGUUGACAGAAUUUUUGAACUCGCUAGAACUUUAAAAGUAAUUUUUUUAAAACUUAAAACAAUUUAAAUUAUGAUUAAUAUUAAUAGUUAUGGUAUGUUUUUAGCUUAUUGUUUUAGAUUGUGAUACCAUCAAUCAUCCAUCACAAUUGGCAAAUACUUCUUUGGCACCUACAUUGGUAUAUUUAAAAGUUUCACCACAAGUAAGAAGUGAUAUUUAUGAAUAUUUUAAUGAAUUAAGGAAAGAUUAAAAUAAAAUAAUAUGGAAAUGGAAUCUGUAACCUACCCUUGAGAUUUUUAGAUUUUGAGUGAUGCGAAGAAUUUAUUGGUUGUAUACUGAUGUUUAUAUUUUAAAUUUUUUUGUACUGUGUACACAAAUUCUGCCAGAAAUCUUGCAUAUAUUUUUAAGUGUUGUACCUUUUCUGAAAUCGUACUCAAUAAAAGUCAUUAUUUGUUCAAUGUAGAAUUUUAAUUUUUUUAUAAUAAUUUUAGUAUCAAAUUUUGAUAAAAAUCAUAAAUAUUAUUGUCUUGUAUAACCAAACUGCUCAAAAUUAUUUUUUUGUUAGCAAUGAUUAAUCGUUGCAUAUAAAAAUACAUUAAAUUCCUUUCUAUAUUUUACCUUUUCAAUUUCUCACCUAUAACAAAGACCAACCCUUCAUCAUGGAAAGUAUGUCCAUUUUUUUUUUAAUGAGUGUUUUCUUAUUAUUAAUUGUUGAAUGUUUUAAUAGUCUUUUAAAAUAUUUGCAAUUAUAAAUACAAUGAAUUAUUUUUUAUUUAUUUGUUUUUUGAUAAUAUUGUGAAUAUAAUUAGUAUUUUCUUUAUUUUUGUAUACCUAUUACUCGACUUCAAAAUCUCUUUUCAAGUUCUAAAUUGAAAUAAUAUCAAUGGCAUAAAUUAUAAAUAUUGGUGUUGAAAUCAUAAUAUUUUUAUUGGGUAAAUAUUCAUUUAAUCACGACAACUCAAAGUUAUGAAAAUAUAUUAUUUUUUCACAAUAUUAAAUAUUAAUACUGUGUCAAUUACAUUUUUUAUGAAAUUAAAAACAUGCUUAAGGAUUUUGUCUGUAGAGUCAAAACAUUCAAGUUGUAGCCAUGUAUAGUUUUAUGUUUCUGAAUCUAAAAAGUAUUUUUCCUUUUUUCACACUUUAUAAUAUAUUUAAAGUAUACAAUAUUAAUGCAUAAUAUAAAGCAUAUUUUAUUUUUAGGGUUUAGUAUUAGUUAUAACAAUUAGAAUUAUAUUUUAUUUUAUUUUAUCUGUGCUUGUAGAUACUUCAGCAGUUGAUUAAAUCACGUGGAAAAUCCCAAAGUCAACAUCUUAAUGUUCAACUGUUGGCAUCUGAAAAGUUGGCACAAUGUCCACCAGAAAUGUAUGACAUAAUAAUUAGCGAGAAUUAUUUGGAGGAUGCAUGUGAACAUAUAUCCCAGUUCUUAGAGUCAUAUUGGCGAGCAACACAUCCACCACAGACUCCAAGUGUAAACAAACCACACAAUUUGACAAGACCGCCUAGUGCCUCACCAAAUAAAGAUAUGUCCACUAUGUCUUUAAAGAUGAAAAAUUGUGCUAUGUCAGGUUAGUUGCAAGUCACACAUGAAAUGAAUUAUCUUACAUCAUAAUGUAUGAUUAUGUAUGAUACAAUUUUAUUAUAAUUGUAUAAACUGUAUAAAAUAUAUUAAAUACACUGUCUUAUACAUACAUACAUUGGAUUAUAAUAUAUAACUUAUAAAUUAAUGGUUAAACACCCUUUAAGAAUAAAAUGAAAUAAAAUAAAAGGAGAUAACUCAUAAUAUUAAUCAUAACUUAAAAGUUAAACAUUUGGCACACUAAAUUUGAUAUAUAAAAUAAAGUUUCUUUCUUUAUUAAUAUCUAAAUGCAAACAGCUAUAUUAGCUCUAUUAUUAUGUAAAACUUAAAUUUUAUUAUAUAUACCAGCUCUAGGCCAAAGUCUAAAGCACAAAUUAGGUUAAACUUGCCUUUUCUAUGCUUAAGCUUUUUAAGAUGUAAUUCAUUACAGCAUGUAAUUUAUUAAAUACUAUCAGUGUUUUUCUAUUAUUAUUUACUAUUAUUUUCUUAUAAAUUUUGUUUUAAUUCUUAUGACUACUUCUAUUACAAACUUUCUCUUUUUUUUUUUUUUGAUUUUGCUCAAUUGGGAAAUCAAAAAAAUUACAUUACUUAUCUAGUAUAUUGAACAACUCUGGUUUCAAAAUAAUGUGAUGAAUAUUGAUAUUAGUGCAGGUGUGUUUCGGUAUGAUUAAGUGAUUUUGAAUUGAUGUGGGAUUACUAAUAUAAGUUAAACUACAGAAUUCUGUAAAUAAAUCAGAUAUUUAUUGUAAAAAGUUGUGUACAGAUUUUAUUUUAUUAAGUUUUAUUAACGAAUAAAAUAUAGAGAUUAUAAGAGGUUAUAAGAAUAUACUAUAUAUCCAAUAUAUAAGGUUCAAUAUUUUUAGUCCAACUAUCAAUUAUGUCCCAUAUAAUUUUGUUUAUUAUUUUAAUGUCCAAUGAAUUUUAAUAUAUUAUUUUAUACAUUAUAUCUUACGAAAAUCAAAUAAAUACAAAUGACAUAUUUAUUGUAAAAUUAGUUUAUUACAUCAGCAUUUGGAUCAUUGUGCAGUUUUAAAUGAUAAGCUAUUACUCUAUACUCUAUACUUUAUAUUCUUGAAUAUGUUUUUGUAUUUUUUAAAAACUUCCAAAUAUUAUAAUGCUGAGUUACAGUAUUUUUCUUAGUUUCAAAUAGAAACCUUCUAUCUUUUCAUUAUUAAUUCACUGUUUUCGGCUUAUUACAAGUUCAUAUACAUUCCAUAUUUCUGGAGGAAAUUUAGGAGGGACAGUUAGGUUUCCUACCAUGUGUUUAUUGUCCAUGAAUUGUUCAUUCAAUGCAAGUUACCAAAGUUAAAAACGUUUUUAUCCAAUAUCAAGUUAUUGGACAUUUCUUGCAACUCUUUUUAAUGAAAUGAAUGUUAAAGAGCUCUCAUUAGCUAAUAAUAAAUUGUUCCUAAUAGUUAGCUUAUAGUUCAAAUGAUCAUCAUAUAGCUUCAUAACUGCUAGAGUUUUAGCUGCCACUGUUAGAGCUCUUCAGAUUCCACAGUUCGGAAACAUUUCCUCCCAAUCCGUAGCUUUCAAUCUCUAUAGGUCUUUGCUGUAUGCUAUCUAUCCACCAUUUCUUUAAUCUCUUUCUUGGUUUCCUCCUUUCUGGUUGCCAUUCAUUAGUUGCUCUAGCUUUGUUUGUUACAUCUCUUUGCUUUAUGUGUCUAAACCACUUCAAUCUUCGACUCUUCAUGUAACUAGUAAUCAUAGGUAUUUUUGUCAUUUCUCUUAUCUCUGCGUUUUAUCUUCUUCACAAACAGUUAAAUUUGUUAUCAUUUAUGGAUGACACAUAAUAAUAAUAUGUGUCACAGUUUUUUGCUUCUCCUGUAAAAUUGUAUAAAAUUGACUUACAAGGUUUUGUUGUGUAACCGACAAAAUGUUCCCAUAUCAAAUUAAUUUUUGUAAUUUUGCUAGAUUUAAAGUAUUUAUUGAUUAAUAAAGAUUACUUAUGACCUUAACAAAAAAAUACACUGACUUUAGUUAAAAAAUAAUAACAAAUCAAAAUAUUCAUAAUCUUUUGAAUAUUUUAUUUAUAAAAUAAAGAUCUCAAAAUAAAAUUAAAAUUGAUAUUGCUGAUGGCACAGUUUUAGAUAGGAAGAUUGGAUACAUAAAGUUUAUAUCUGUAUGUAAUGAUAAUUUAUUUAUGAAAAAAUAUGAUUCUGAACAAAAUUCUGUUAAAUAUGUUUUUGAAUUUUUUUAAUUUUUAAGAUUUUCGUUAAAUUAUGCUUAAUUUUUUUAACAUUUAGUUUGACUAUAAAAAAAUAAUACUUAACAAUAACUAAUAAAAAUUAAAGUAAUAUAACACCAUAGUAAAACCAAAACAUUUCUCGCUAUGUUCAGAAUCUAUAAAUAAUAUAUUGUGUAAUCAUAAUGUUCAUUUUUUGCUCUUAUAUCGAAUAGAUGUACCCUUUCCAAAAUAAUAAUAACAAAUACAACAUACUUAGGAAUGUUUUGUAUUCACACCAAACAGAUUCAAAUAACAUAUAUUUCCGUGAAAAUCUGAUAAUGUUGAAAUUUAGAUAGGUUUCUUUUUCCAAAUAACCCAUUUAAUUAUUGUAAUUUAAUAACUAAUUAUAUCAUAGUAUUUUAAAUUUUACAUUAAUUAAACCAUUAGAGCUAUGAAUAUUGGUCAUAAUGAUAUAAUUUACCAAUCAUUAAAUAUCAGUUUAUUGGUAAUCUAGAUGUUUCAAUCAAAUAUCAAUGACAUUCUAAAACCCGUAUUUUGUAUGGGUACUGCCUAGAUUUGUUGAAUUAUUACUAUAAUCUGAAUUAUAUGUAUCUAUUCUAAUUUCUCAUAUAAGUUUUAAUUUUUCUUCACUGUAUUAAUUUACUUAAUCACCUUGUAAAAAGCAAAUGUACCAUUGCCAGAAAUAAUUUACAAAGUACACAAAACAAAUUUGUACUUAAUUGAUUUUGUUUACAACCAUUCUUGAUGAUUAAUACUAAGUCUUGAUAGUCUAAACAUCUGAUUUAAUAGAUACAGUUAAAUGUUUUUUUAUAGUUGGACUUCUUAUUGUGAUUUGAAUGAUUUAUUGCUUGAUAAAGUACUAGAGAUAAUUUUCUUAAAUCACCAUUAAAAAAAAAGUUACCAAUCUGUUUUAAAUUACUAAUAAUGAUAUUUAUUAGUUUUGUACUUAUCUUAUAAAAAAAUUGUAUAGGUACGUAGUUCCUCAUAAAAUUUGUUUUUUAGAUAACCAAUCUGAAGUCUGUAAGCCACCUCCCAUGCAAAAUAAGACUGUUGAUCAUGAAUCUGAAGAUCACGACAACAUGGUUUAUGUGUCGCCGCCCACUAAAAACUCAUCUAAUCUUCCAAAACAGCAACAAUUCAACCAACCGAAUUAUAUUCAACAACAGCAGCAGCAACAGAGACGACAGCAGCAACACCAUGUGACUUUCAAGCUGCAUUAGUACUACCACAAAAACUGCGUUCUAAAUUAUUUGAAUAAAAGUUAUUAAAUUUAUAUUUUUUUUGUUAUUAAAUACUUUUAAACAGUUAUUUUGUCCUAUAUUUUAAAUAUUUAUUUUCUGUAUAGAUAUCUAGGUACCCUACAUACAGUUAUUUUUUAUUUUUGUUUUUCAACAAUAUAGUUAAAAUUUAAUUUAUUAGUCAUGCCCUAUAAUAAAUUAUUUAUAAUUAUUCAAAUAAUUUAGUUAUAACACAAGACAAAUUGCAUUUUGCUUGCAUUUUCUCAUUGAAUUUUCAAGUGUAGUUUAAUAUUUUACGCAAAAUUUGAACUUAUUAUGAGAAUGAAUUUCCAUUUAUGAUAUAUCUAUAGUAUAAAAUUUAACAUUCCAUUAGUUUGAUGUAACAAAAAAUUAAUUAUGUGUGUCAUUAAGAGAUUUAGUAAUAAUUUAAAGUAUUAAUUAGUACAAAUAUUUGAUUUAUUAAUCUAAUGAAUUUGUGAGAAAAGUACUUGAGUAAUUGAAUACUAUUUGAACAUUUAUUUUAAAAAGGUAAUUAAUAUUUAAAUAUUUAAAAUAUUUUUAGAAUAUUGCCUUUAUGUGUUCUAUAGCACAACACACAUAAUUGUCACACUAUUAGUUUAGUCAAAUUGCUGUGUACAUAGGCACCAGAAAUUAAUUAUAUAAUAAUCUGUUGAAAUCACACAUUAAUGCUGUGUAAUGUUUAGAGACUCUAUUUUUUGUAAUUGUCCAUUUAAAAAUUUUAUUUUAAAAUUUAAAUGAUAAUCUGAUGGACCGAAAAAUAGGGUCCCCCAAGUUACUGUUUGUCAUUUUUGAAAUGUUAGUAUUUAUUACAAAUAAUAUUACUGUUAAAACUAUAUUUAUUAGUUAAUCUUAUUACAUUUAUAUAAUGAAUAUUGAAUUUUAAGUUAUAAUAAUAAUAAUAAUAAUAAUCAAAAAGGCUUUAUGUAUAUCUUUGUUGGGUAUUAUUACCAUUAGUUUGAUUAUUUAUUAUGCUUUAAAAAAAUUAAUUGAAUGUAAAAUUAUUAUAUAUCUAAUUAAUUGUACAUGGAUAUUUGAAUGUGUACAAAUAUUAAAUAUAUUACAUAAUAUACUAAUUUAUAGUUAAUACUUAUGUACAUUAAAUUUAAAUUAUUUUAACCAAACCAAUAUUUGUAAAGAGACUAUUUGAAAAGUAAUUCAAAAUAAUCAUUAAUAUUUGAACUUAAAAUAUAUUAUUACUAUUCUCAGGAAAUUAAAUUAAUAUUUCUUAGUCACAAUCUCUACAAAUAUAAAUUGUAUAUGUUUGUAUGUGUUACCAUGUCAAUUAGUGUUUUUUUAAAAACAAUUUACUAGUUAUUGAUUUUGGUAAUACAAUUAAUUAGAAAAUUGUAUUUUAUAAAAUUAAUCAAAUCAUUACAACUUGUAAUUUAUUAAAAUGAUUCAGAUUAAUUUACUUUUCAAUUAUGUCACAUCAUUAUUAGCAGGUAGUAUGCUGCUCAAUGUAUUUUUUAGAUCAUAUGUUCUAUAUUUAUAAUUUUAUAUUUAUAGAACAUCCUUUAGAGUUUGAUAACAAAAAAUACAUAUUUAUCAAACUAUUAAAUGAUCUUAGAUCAUUAGAGAAACACCAUAAAUUUAUAUUAACUAUUCAAAAAAGGAUAAUUGACAAAGAUAUAGCUGAAAAAUAUUUGGGAGCAAAUAUAAAUAAAUCAAAUAGUAAAAUCAUUAUCAAAUUUGGUCUGUUAUAUAUAUUGUCUAAUGUUAUAAAUUCAUUUUUAUUCAGAUAUUUUAAUCUAUUACAAAGAUUCUCAAUCAAAAACAUCAUGGGACCAAAUAUUAAAAAAAAAAAAAGCUUCAAUUGAAUCAAAAAAUAAAAUACUAAAUGAAUUAAAUAAAACAGAUUUGAAUCUGAGGUAAAUCAAAUAUUAAUAUUUAAUUAUUGUUCUUUCUAAUUUUAAUUUUAUUAAUCUAUAUGGUCUUAAGUGUAAAUUAUACUAUUGAGUGUAGAUUUAAAAUACUGAAAACUAUUUUCAAUGCCUAUACAGACGAUAAUUUCAAUCUAUAAUCAAUUAUUGUAACAUUAUAUGUGUGUUUACGUACAUUUUAAAUAAUAUAUUUUUAAACUCAUAAGAAUGUUACAGAGUAAAAGUAAACGUGAAAUUGAGCAUAUUCAACUUAAACAUAUAAUGCUUCAAAAUGUAUUAAACUCAUCACUAGACGUACAAGGCCAAUUACUAUCACAAAAUAAAAAGGUACUGAAUAAAUAAUAAUAAUUGUCAAUACUAGAUUAUUAAAAUUAGAUAAUAUAAAAUAUGAUUUAUUUGAAUAGCUACUAAUUUAAUCAGUUAUAUUCUAUAAUACAAAUUAUAAAGAUUAAUGAUAUAAUUAUAUAGCAAUUUACAUUUGCUACAAAAUUAAUCUUUUAUUAAUAAAUUAUAAUUUAAGAAAACUUAAAUGUUAAAUAAUAUAAUGUAGAAAUAUGAUUGAUUAGGUAUAAAUUGUAAUUUUAAUUACAAUUUAUGAUUAGAUAAUAUUUAAUAUUAUAUCCUUUAGAUUUAGUAUAUUACAAUUUUUGUUUAAGAAACAUUUCUACAAAUAAUUACAUAUUUUAUUGGAUUACAUAUACUCAUACUUGAUUGUUGAACAUUUUAAAUAUAUUAUAUAAUCAGAAACUGUGUUUAUAACUUAGGUACCAAAUAUUCCUUUAAGUCCUUUAUUAAUUAAUCCUAGAUAUUGUUUAAAUAUGUUUAAAUUAUUUAAUUUUAAACAAAUAUCUUAAUUGCCUUAUAACUUCAUAUUUGUUUUAGAUCAAUGAGUGUUUUAAUUUCCCUAAUGUAUAUAUAAUGGUUAAUUAAAAGUUUUAAAAAUGUGGGAUAUCUAUUGGUAAAAAGUAAAUCAUUUAUACCUUAUUAUUCCUAUUAAACAUAAAUUAUAUUUAAUAGGCAUAAAUAUACUUGAAAUGUUAUAUGAAAUAUACAUAUAACUAAGUGUUAAUAAAUAUACAUUAGUGAAUUCUCAUAUGUUUUAUCUUCAUAAAAAUUAUUUAUAUUGGUUACUUAUAGGUGAUGAUCUAUGAUUACAGUUCACAAUAGUAAUUAAUAUAGUUAAUUAUUUAACCCUAAUCAACUUAAAGUUCAGAUGACUGAAUAUAAGUAGAUUCAAAGUCAGUUACCUAGUGUUAAUGAUAUCUUCCUUUGAAUUUGUUCUCAUAAAUACACGACUUCUACUCAAUGGCGUUAAACUCUAUGUUAAGGUUAGACCUUGACCCGACUUCUUUAAAAAAAAAAACACUCUUUUUUGGGCCAAAGUUACCAAAUGAAAACCUCAUUCCAAAAAUAAAAAUGUAUGCUAACUAUAAUUUUGGUUAUCAUUGAAUUGUGUUUAAUUAUUGGGUCUUGAAAUAUAUUUCGCUCUACUACGUUUUUAGGACUUCGACUCCCACUGCUUUUACUAUUAUGAUAAUAAUUUGAAUAUAUUUGAAUUUCAGAUAGUUUCGAUAUUUUCACAAAUGAAAUCUGUGGAAGUUAAAUUACAAAACAGAAAUACAGUUUUAAAAUCAAUUUUAAAAGAUAUAAGUAAAAGUGUUACAAAUGUUUCAAAGGAGCUUUUAUUAGAAUCAAUUGAUAGUUCUAAAAAGUUGGUAUCUACCUAUAAUUAUUUUAAAAUGCAUAUCUAAUCGAAAAUAUUUAUAAAUAUAAUUUAAAUCUUUAAUUUAGAGAAUAUAAUAUGAAUAAAAAGUUUCUUAAAGACGCUGUGAGCUCCGAGUCUAGUUUAUUAAAUUUGUAUAAUGAACUCAGAAAUACAAUUGAUCUGUUUAAUCAUACGGAUGUAUUAAAACAUUUAAAACCAUUACAAAUAUUUCCCCAAAACAAGUAAUUGUUACUACAUUUUCAAAGUUAUAAUUUUAGACUUAAUUUUAAUUAGAAAACUUAUCUAAAUUUAAUGAUUUUUGUCAAGAUAUUUUAAUUAAAAACUGAUGUCUAAAAUUUUAUUACACCUGUUAUAUAAAUGGUUAUUUUAUCAUUUUGAAUUCCAGAAAUUUAUUUGAAAUUAAUUGGUCUGAGUUUCUAAUGAAUUACAAUUUUUCAAAAGAAAACUAUAUUGUCAACAUGCAACAGGUAAUAAUUUGUAAAUUGUUAGAAGUAUAAUGAUUAAUAUUUAAUUGAUACAUUAUAAAAAUAAACAAAAACAAUUUGUUUUGAAAUAAUAACUAUAAAAAAAAAAUUAUUUUAUAUUUUUUUAUUCCCUAUUUAUUUAAAUUGUUUAAUAAUAAUUAACGAAAUACCUCAUAAGAAAACAACAAAUUUGAAGCACCUCACUAAACCUACUUAUAAUAAGAACGAAAUGUUUGUUUUUGAGAAAUAAAGUUAGUACCUAUUAUUAUUGUAUGUUAUGUGUGUUACAAGUGUACAUAUCUAAAUUUCACAAAUAAAUUAAUAAUCAAUAUUUGAAUUUAAGUAUACUAUGCUAAACGCAAAUAGAAAAUAUCAAAACUGUUUUGAAACAUGUAGCUAUGGCAUAUUACUCUACCUAUUAAACACGAUAAUUCAAUUUAUAAUGAACUUCUAUUGACAUAACAUAAAACAAUUUUUAAACCUACAGUAUUACAGCUAGUGUAUAGUAUUCAAUAAUAUUAUUUAAUACUGAGUGAUUUAGUAAUAGUGGCAAAAACUCUUGGAGAGUAUUAGAGAUAGGCAGAAGAAGAAUUUAUUCAAAAAAAUAAUUUAAUUCAUAAUAAUUAUAGUUUUUGUAUACAGUGGAUUUCGCUUAAUGUGGGCACGUUGGGAUAAGUUACAUUUACCCACAUUAAGCACUUGCUCAUUUUAGUCGAAAGUUGUAUCAUUAAACAUUAGAACGGGACCAGACCACUAUGUCCAUAUUAGAUGGCUGUCUUUAACUGGUGACCACAUUAAGCGGAAUCUACUGUACUUAUAUUCGCCAACCUUUAUAGUAUAUACUUAUUAAAAAAUAUAAUUCUGAUUCAUGCGCAUAAAUAUAUUUUAUAAACAAAAUCUGUAUACAUUUUUUUUUUUAUUAGUGUUUGCAUUAAUUUACUUUAGAUGUCUGAUAUUGUGACCACAGUCAGUACUUCAUUGACCAAUCUAAAUGGUAUGGAGAGUGAAUUUGAUGAAAGUAAGAUUUACAAAUAAUAUUAAAACAUGUACUUUUAGUAAGUUAUAGUUGAUCUAAAAAGGAAUUAUGUUUGCUAGUAGAUUAAAGAUGAAAUUGUUUUCUGGUUCUACCAUAGCAGUCAGAAACAUUAAGUAGUUGAAUUAUUUUAAGUAAAAGUGGCUAACAACUGUUAAUUUAAAAUUAGGUAUUUACCUAAUUUUUAGGUAUUAAAAUUAACCUAUCAAAUUGUAUUAGUUUUAUAUUUAUAAAUAGUUAUAUAUGUUUAAUAUUCAGACUUUCACAGUAAAUAAACUAAAUUAUUACUUAUGGGUUAAUCAUAUGAAGAAAUUUUCUAGAUCUAAAGAAUACUAUACAGUAUAUUGACAAUGUACGAAGUAAACGUGAUUUACAUACACAAAUUUUCAAAAAUUUAGACAAUGAAUUGGACGAAUUAAAAAAUGAAGUUGAAUGUAUUGAAAAUAUUAGGUAAGUAUAAUGUAUAUUAUGUGGUGUAAUAGACGAGUAAUAUUUAGGUUCCACCAGUUACUUCUUUGUUCAUUUGUAUUUUAAUUUUUUACCUCAUUAUUAUACCUUCUUGUACAAAAAUUAAAUUACAAAUAAUAGUGUAUUUUUCUUUUUCUAAGAAAAUUUGUUUUAAUUUGGUUAAAAAAAAACAAAAAAGAUAAAUACCUAGGCACCUAUAUAUUUAAAUAUUUUAUUUUUAUCAAUUUUGAUAUUUUGCCCUAAGACAGUGAGCAGAAAAAAUAUAAUUUGAAUUUUCAACAAAUUGUACUAAUACCAUAGAUAGUUUUACAUUUUAGCCAAAAAUUUAAUAAUUACUGGCUACUAAAAAGUGAAAAAUACAAACAUCUAAGUAGUUUUAUAUUUAAGAAUAUUCUUAAGUGUUAAACAUUAUAAUUAUACAAAAACUAUUAUUUUUGUUUGGAAAAUUAAAGUUUAUUUUCCUUUUUCUCUACGAUUUGUAGACAUUUAGAUGAUAUAAUACAGAAGUCUAACACUCAAUUAACUUCAAUAACUAAAAAGAAAGCAAAGGUAAAUGAUGAUUUACAGCAUUCUGAUUUGUUAUUUAAUCGAAUCAUCCAAAAGUAUACAAAUCAACUGAAUAAUGCACACCAAACAUUUUUAUUUGAGGACAAAUUAUGGAACAAACCAGUAAAAAUAAAAACCAUAAUAAUUAUAUUAGAUUAUUAUUAGAUACACUAUGCUAAAAUAAUGUUUUUUUAUUUUAUUUAUUAAGAAUUUCUUAUUGAGUUUAUUUACAAGUUCUUGAUAAUAUUUAUUAUUAAAAUUUUAUUAUUUAUUACUACCUAUCCAAUAUUCCAAUAACCUGUUAUUUGAAUACCUAGUUGAUAACUCAACCCCGCUUUUCCUAAAAUAAAUAAAUUGGUACCUACAUUAUUUUUAUUUUACAUAGGGUAAGUACAGGUGCGUAUUGAGUUUUAUUUGUGUACCGGUAAAUUAUUAAAUAGGACCCACAUUUAAACAUAAAUCAAAAAACAUCCUUCAAGUACCAGCCUACCUAUCUAUAAGAAAUCACAAAGCUACAAAGGUAAUUUGAGAAAAUAGGAGUAGAAAAACCUGUAUAAAUCAAUGGCCUAUUUGAGAAAGGUCCCGCCAUGAAAUACGUACGCACCUGGGUAGGUAGGUAUCUAAUUAAAAUUUUUAAUUUUUAUGAUUGUUAAUUUUACAUACAAUUUAUUGCAAUGCAGCAUGCUCUGGAUCUAUUAUUAUUUAUUAUCUACCUUACUGAUUGUCAAUUUAUUCUAUAAUUUAAGUAGGCAUCCAUAUUAUUACACAACCUACCUACCUUCUACAUCCAUGAUACAGGGUUUUUUUUUGCGACUUGUAUCGCUGAUAAAUUUACUAUGCAUUAUUAAAUAGCUACCUAUCUAAUAUUGUCGAAUAAUAAAUUACAGGCUGUUCCUACUUAUUAAAUGUACCUUUUAUUAUUUUUCAAUUUUAGGUGGCGGUUUUGGAUAAAGAAAUUGAAACAAUAGAGAAAAAUCAUAAUGACUUGCUAACAAAACGAAAAGAAAUAAUGAUGGAUAAAUUUAAUAAAAAAAAAUCUACAAUGGAAAUGACAAUGAAAGAAAAAUCCCAAAUUAUUAGUGGGAUACAUAAUACAAUUACAUCUUAUAAAAAUAAGAUCAAAACAUACAGUCAAUUUGAAAUUUGUUUGAAGGACAUAAAUUUGUCAUUAGAUAAUAAUAAUAACGGUGAAUAAGAAUUUUAAAUAAGUGACAAAUAGAUAAUAGUUCAUUAAUUGAAGCUUUAUUAUAAAAUACUUUUAGAUUAGGAGUGUACCUAUUCGGUUUUACUAUGAUGUGUGUUUUGUAUUUUUUUUUGUGUUUCUGUGAACAACCUUUCGAAUAGAAAACUUGUUUCGAUGUAUCAAGUUUAGCAACUUUUCUGAAAGGAAAUUUUAUCUAAUUGCUGUAUUGAGAAAGUUAUUUUUUGAUAUUCCGAGGGGUUUUUAUAAUAAUUAGGAAAACAAAUUAUCGGAUAAACGGCAAAUAUUUACAAUGCAACGCGGAGUUUCCAAUUUAAUGGUUUUUUAUUUUUACGAACUAUAUUUUAUACCAGAAAUAUUACUUCAAUGAAAAAUGCCAAUUGAGAAAUGAGAAUUUUUUUGUUGCAUUUGGAUCUAGUUGCUCACUAGGAAAGAUGUUUUUUGAUUUUCCUUUUUGAAGGACCAAAAAAUUAUUGUAUUUAUUUAUUUUAUUCUAUUAGGUAUAUUUAUUAUCAUCAAUUACAAUAUAUUAUUGAUCACCCAGAUGGAUUUACCCAGGUUGAUCCAAGGGUCAUCAAUUCAUCUCGGUGGUCACCAUGAUUGACUUAUAUUAAUUCUUAUUUAUGUUAAUUAAUAAUAAUUCUAUGGUGGUCACUGACUAUGAUGAUAGGUAGGUCCUACUGUGGUAGAUAUGUAAUAUUUCAUUAAUUUGAUAGUAUGUAUUUUAAUUUAUUAUUUUGUUUUAAUAUUUUAGAUUUAUUAUCAAGUUAUCAUGAGUUAAUAUAUAAAAAUCACGGUAAGAGUUUCGAACAGUUAAAAGCUGAAGAAAUAGAAUUCACAAGACAAAUUGUAUGUUCUGUUUUAUUUAUUUAUUUAUGCUUAUUUUCGAUUUUAAUACUAUAUGAAGUAUCUGGAGACCUGUAAUUUUUACCGAAUACUUAGAUUAUUUUUGACGUGAUCAAAUUUUUAAAAUUUUUUUAACUUGAGCGAGCUAUUUAUAGCCAUUUGAAAUUUUGAGUGUUUUUAUUUGAUUUUAUGUGGAUAAUAUUGUUUUGAUUUCUUAAAAAUAUUUGAAAAUUUGGUACGAUUCACCAUACAUUCUAAUUCUUUAUUAUUUUGUAUAACUAUAAAAGUACCUAUCAAAAAUCCUUACACGAAAUUUUUUUUUUUAAAGUUCAAAUUUGCAUAAAAAUGAAUUUUUUGUUUUUUGUAUUUCAGAAUUUGAAUAAUAUAAAAAUAAUCAAGUUAGAUAAAGAAAUAUCGUUCAUCGAAAAUGAUUCAAAAUUUACUGUAUUGAAUAUAAAGCUUCAAAUAGAAAAAUUAAAAGAUAAGCUUCUACAAAUAACCAAUGACAAUAUAAGCUUAGAAAUGGAAUUGAAUAAUAAAAAUACAAUUUAA